AACCUCUCCCUAGACCGGUAGUAGCCGCGAGUACAAUGACCUCCACCCUAAAACCCAGCCAGGUUCAGCCUCCGCUCGCCCAUCUACGGGAAUCAACCCCAUGUUUCUCUCUCCAUUUGCUCCAGAUUUCUCGACCCAUCAUGAGAUGCUUUUAAGUCCCAUCUCCGGCUUGGCAUUCUCCGGGGGUAUUCAAUCUGCUUUUCAUACAUCUUUAUCGUUUUCUUCUGCCAGGACUCGCGCUGCAAUGGCGCCGCUCUCGACUGUUUCCACUGACAAGGAAGCGGAUCAAGAGCUGAAGCAUAGGGAGCAAGCUGUUAAUCAGCAGCCGCGGGUAGCAAAGCGUCUGGAGAAAUUCAAGACAACCAUCUUUACUCAGAUGAGCAAUCUCGCCAUCAAACACGGGGCAAUAAACCUUGGCCAGGGAUUCCCAAACUUCGAUGGUCCAGACUUCGUCAAAGAUGCCGCAAUUCAAGCUAUCAUAGCAGGGAAGAAUCAGUAUGCGAGGGGCUAUGGAGUCCCUGCUCUCAACACUGCUAUUGCUGAAAGAUUCAAGAAGGACAGCGGCCUCGAAGUCGAUCCAGAAAAAGAAGUCACUGUCACAUCUGGCUGCACCGAAGCCAUCGCCGCCGCCAUCCUCGGCCUGAUCAAUCCCAACGAUGAAGUUAUUCUCUUUGCUCCAUUCUAUGAUUCCUACGAAGCAACUCUCUCGAUGGCUGGCGCCAAGAUCAAGUCCAUCACCCUCCGCCCACCGGACUUUGCCGUUCCUCUCAAUGAGCUCAAGUCCGCAGUAACAAAAGAGACUCGCGCAAUACUCAUCAACACGCCCCACAAUCCCACCGGCAAGAUGCUCACGAAGAACGAGCUUGAAUUCAUCUCAAACCUCUGCAUUGAAAAUGAUGUGUUGGUCUUCUCCGAUGAGGUCUAUGAUAAGCUGGCAUUCGAGGCCGAGCACAUCUCCAUCGCUUCGAUUCCCGGCAUGCGCGAGAGGACUGUCACAAUGAACUCCCUGGGAAAAACGUUCUCCUUGACCGGAUGGAAGAUUGGAUGGGCCAUAGCUCCGACUCACCUAACAUGGGGUUUAAGGCAGGCUCAUGCAUUCUUGACCUUUGCGACUUCAACUCCGAUGCAGUGGGCGGCAUCGGCGGCACUUCAAGCGCCGGAGUCGUAUUACGAGGAGCUCCGGAGGGAUUACGAUGCGAAGAAGGCAAUUCUGGUGGAUGGGUUGAAGGAAGUGGGGUUUGUUGUGCACCCAUCAAGUGGGACUUAUUUUGUGGUGGUGGAUCAUACUCCUUUUGGAUUUGGAGAUGAUGUUUCUUUCUGUGAGUAUUUGAUUAAGGAGGUGGGUGUUGUGGCCAUCCCUACAAGCGUGUUCUAUCUCAAUCCAGAGGAAGGGAAGAGCUUAGUGAGGUUUACGUUUUGCAAGGAUGAAGGUACUUUGAAGGCAGCUGUGGAGAGGAUGAAGGAGAAGCUUAAGAGAAAAUAAAUCAUGGAUUGGAAGUUAUCAGCUAGGGUUCUUGGUUAAUCCUUUGGGUAAAUGCUUGACUAUUAUUAUUCUUGAUCUUUUGAUGUUUUUUACGAUGUUGUUGCAACAAGUGAAGAGGUUCAGAUUGUAAUUUGAAUUCAAUAGCUUAUUUUGAUGCCAAUUUAUGACUAGAAAAGGGGCAUC